AUGUCUAUUCCCUUGAGUCUUGUCUUGAAGCAGUUAGAAGGGUCCCCUUCGUCGGUGGUCCCACUUCUUUCUACUCUCUACUAUGACAAGUCGAUUUUGAACAAUAUUUCCAAGUCUGACUCCAAGCAUUUAGUCUCGAGAAUUUUGAAUCUCACUAGAUCCCCCAUUGAGUACAACAAAUGGGCUGGAACAAACCUUAUACGUGUUAUCAGUGACAAUUACACUAUUCUUGCUACGGAAGGCUCCAAUUUAUUUGGUGAGCUUGUCAAAAACUUGGACUCCUACAACGACACCGUGAACAUUAAGGUGUUGACCUCUACUGUAGAAGCCCUUAACUAUUUGUGUGACAAGAUUAGAGGAAAGCCCACCAUGACGAGAGAAAUCUUGACUCCAAAACUUUCAACUAUUAUCACCUUGUAUAUGGAUAAAUUGCACUUUUCCCCUUUGAUUAUCAUCAAGUCUUUGAAGAAGUUGAUCCAAUUUCAUCCCACUACAUUCAGACCUUUUGGUAACAAAUUAAGAGCUAAGUUGAUCACUUUUUUGCAUUUGCAGGACUUUGUUAACUUCCCGGAGCCAUUAAAGAGUGCUAUCUAUCAAACUUUGGCCAGUUUGCCUGCCAUUGAAAAGACUGAGCCAGAACUCAAGUGGGAAUCUGAUGUAAAGAGCUUGAUCAAGGAAUUGAAGUCUGUGUUGGCAAUUUACAACGAGUUUUUAAACUUAGGUGAUGACUCCUCGUUGCCCAGAUUGUUUGAGCAAUUGCCCAGCUUUGAAGAAAACCAAAAGAAUGACAAGAUCUUGCCGGAUAUGGUAAUUGACGUAAACGAGCCUCUGUCUGUCUUCCAGAUUUCGACUCGCGUUGAUAUCUUGCUUAACUUGUUGAACGCGUAUGUUACAUAUGCUACCCAGUUCAGUGUUAAAGUGCCUUUGGGUUUGGUAUUGGUUGUAAACGAAAUCAUCUGUUCUAUCAAUGUCAGAUACAUCUCGUACAAAAACGAUGUCCGAGAUGAACAGAUCAGAAAGAUUGUCAAAUCCACCACAGUCUUGAACAGUUUGAACAGCAUAAAAUUCUUGAAGGAUCUAGCUUUCACAUACAAGGGGAGCAUGUUACCUCAUUUGGGUAAUAUUUUGUCGCUUUUGGAAGUUCUCGUUCCUUUCAAGAAUAAGAAAAUCGACUACGAUGAGCUUAUCAUUCAAGAAGUACUCAACAGAGAGUUGCUCUCCUGUGUCAGUGUCUACUUGUCAUUAGUUUCCUUCUUGAGUGACCACACUCAGUUAUUGAGAUUUGUAGAUGUUGGACUCUUAUUGGUAGAACCUAGAAUUACCGAUUCGACAGCGCAACAAAACAAUAAUAACCAUAACUCCAAUGGAGGUAAAAAGCACAAGAAGAACAAGAACACUACCGCAAUUCCUUUGUCGGAUAUAUUGUCUCAUCAACAUUUGUUCAACGAGGCAAUUCCAGAGGCUACGGUCAAUAUUGUCAGACAGUUCAUGAGUGCUGUCAUUACCACUGUGACUUUACCCCCUACUCAACAUUACAAGAUUAUGAGGUACAUUCUCAUUCAGGCUGUUCAUUCCAGAUACUACAACAAUGAGCACUUGAUUCCUCGUGAAUUAAGAUCGUUGUUGAUCAACGCUGUAUUGUAUCCCGGAUACGAAAAGAUCUCGUUGUUGCCUAUUGUAUCUACCAUUCUUGGUGACGAUCCUCUCUUGAGUGUUUUCAACAACCCAAGAUUCCCUCCUUUGCCAAUAUAUGUAAAGAAUGUUAAGGAUGAAUCUGUUUUCGAAGAAGAAGAAGAGGAGGAGGAAGAACACGAACAGGAGGAGAAGGAAAUUGAACUACCAGAACAGAAGAGAGCCAUUGAUGAAGAUGAGCUUCCUGAAGCAAAAAAGAGAAAGAUGGAGGAUGAACCACAAGUGAUUCAGCAAGAACAAAUUGAACAAGUUGUUGAAGACAAGAUUUUCACCAAGGUCAAUCCAGAGACUGUUGUCCAUUUUGCACCCACCAAGGAGGUAGAACCAGAAUCGAGGACUAUUCAGAACCAGAAGCCAGAAACUGUGCCUGAACCAGUUCCUGUUGCCCCAGUGCAACAAAUGUCCCAGAACAUUAAUGGCGAUGAGGACGAAUCUGACUUUGAGAUGCCAGAGAUUGACGUAGAUGAUAGUGACGAAGAGUAG